CAGAGGGGUGCAGAGGCGUGCACUGUGGGACUGCAACUGGACACGCUUUUGGCGGUUCACAGGUGCCGCGACUUCCGUGAGUGCUGCGCUGCCCAGGACGCGGCGCGCGCGCCGCUGCGCCGCCGCCGCCGCCGCCGCUUCCCGAGCGUCAGUCGGAACGCUACCGAAAUAGUCGCCGCCGAUCGACUGGCGGGCGGCCGCGAUAGCCCGCCACGCCACCGGCCCGUCACGUGCGUCACGCGUCACGGCGAUGUGACGCGCCGCCAUGGGCAACACGUUCGUGAGCGCGGCGGCGCCGCCGGCCGCGCCGGACCGGGCCGACGGCGAGGCGCCGGCUAGCGCGGUGCAGAGUCUGAGCAGGCGGCCCGAGCGGGGAAUCCUGAAGUCGGCCCAGCCGCCGCCGCCGCCGCCGGAACACUUCGGCCAGCUGGCGACCAAGUCGGCUGAGCUGUCGGCGCCGCAGGACGAGGAUGAGUCCUACCGGCCGAGAGAUGUCGCCGCGGAGGAGUCGAUUCCGCUGGUGCCGGCCGGCAGAGGGCGCCACGCCGGUCCGGGCACCGCCGGGGCGCCGCGGCCGUCGCCGGUACUGCCGGUCCCCGGGGAGGACAGGAGGACGGCGGGGCCCGGCGAGGACGACUACGAGGCGUUUGACACACCGCUCGGCUCGCUCGAGUCGCCGCGUGGCUCGCAGUCCUCCGAGGACCCGCUGCAGCUGCUGGAGGACCUGGCCGGCUCGCGGCAAUCCAGCCUGGCCGGCGAGACGCCGAGCGAGGCGGGGGCCGAGCGAAGCGCCAGCCUCGACGAGGCGCUGUUCGAGGAGGUACUCCGCGCGGCGGGCUCGCAGGGCAGGCUGGACCGCGCCCUGGCUGACAUGCUGCGGCCUGACCAUGCGCUCCGGCCGGCCCGCGACGCUGCCGCCUUCCGGCGAGGUCUGGUGUUCCAGUUCGACCCGCCGGGGGCGUCCGAUGACGGCCUUCACGCAUGGUCAACCACCUCCGGCGGCGGCGCGUCACCUGGUCGCCGGGCCGACCUCCGAGAAGGAGGGGAAGUCUCCGAGGAGGAGGCCUCUUCCGCCGCCGAAUUGUACCGAAAUAAACGCGCGGCCGGCGGGGGCGGCGCAGGGGCGCCACCAGGCGACGUGACGGGCAGGUUCCCACCAGCGAACGAGACCGCCGGCCGCCGGCCAGAGCCGGGGCCGGAGCCAGAGCCGCCCGGCCACAUGCUGAGACCCGAGCCAGAGCCGCGCGCCGACAAAGAGGAGUCGCCGUUCUACGACAACGUCGACUAUGGCCGGUCAGAGCAGGGCGCGGCUGGACGAAGCCCAGCGGCUGUCCGGCGAGCUGGCUCAGAGCCAGACGUGACGGGACCGCUCGCCGAACAGGUGGCGACGUUAGCGCCUCUGGCGGGCGAAGGCGACGGCUCGGCCAGCGUUAGCCUGCAGCAGAUGGCGCUGGCGCUGGCCGCGAACACCGACGACGAGGACGACGACGAGGCGACGGCGCGGUCCGGCGAGUCCUCGCUGCGGCUGUCCGUGUCCUCGGAGGACUCGGCGCGCACAGAGGACCUGCUGAUAGACGACGCGGCGCGCGACGUCUCGACCGCCGGCUCGCUGAGCGACGGCUCGCUCCGUCUCUCCCUCAUCUCCGACAUUACGGCCGACUCGGCCGGCUGGGACGAGCGUUCGCUGCCGUCCGACGCGUGCCGUGAGCUCAGCGACGAGGACGCGCCGGCCAGCUGGCGCGACGGCGACUCUCUCGCCUCCGACCCGCCGUUCGAGAAGCACCUCGAUGCAGACGCCACGCCGAAGAUCCAGCGCCGACACGAGGUGCUAGCGCUGGCUGAGGUGCACACCCCACCAGUGGCCGGACGACCUCCGCGCUGCCCGGGCCGCCGGAGCCCGGCCGGUCCGGCCGGCGGCUCGCCGGACAGCGGCUGCGCGGCUGACCGCGGACUGGACAGCGGCGCGUCCGGCGCCAGCCACGAGACUUCGGUUGACUCGGGGUUCUCGGCCGCCUCGCGCGCACCGCCGUCGUUCGGUGACGCAUUGGCCGGCGGCGAGGCGGCGGACGGCGAACGUGGCGCGGCCGCGGAGGCCCCGCCGGCGCAGCGCGAGCUCGUGCCUCUCCAGCCGUCGCGGCCAGCUCGCGCGGGACCGACGACGCCGCCGCGCCAGACGGUGACGUACACACACGGGAGUGACGUCACUGAGUGACGUCACUCCUCCCGAGACGCGUCGC